UGGGAGUGGGCUUGGAUUUUCUCCAAAACAUAAAAGGAGAAUCCCUUGUGAGGGGGGAUGUUGUAGGCAGCGGGGGUCUGGAGAGGGAGCAACGACACACCCAGGGCAGAUCUCUCUUCUCUCUGAUGGGAGGGACAGGUUUCUGGGGCUGGCUAGCUGACUCAGCUAAGGCGAGAGAAACCCAGGAUCCUAUCUGCCUUGCCUGCUGAGAGGCGGGAAUCAGAACCACCCCUGCAAGUUUUUCUCAACAGCAUCCAUAACAAAAACGCCCCAUCUUGGAAUAUUGACGGUGGAAAAGAGAAAGGGUGCGAAAUAGAGAGGUCUGGGUUUGAUCAGUGUGCAGGUGCUGCGACAAGGUGUCUUCACAGACGGAUUUACAGCUGUUUGUCCCUCACUGUCUCCUUUCUAUUCUCCUCUUCAUCAGUUAUUUUUGGAUUGUCCUUGGAGUUGGACGUCUGGGUUGCUUUUGGACAGGACUCAAACUGGACAAAAGAUCAUUCCGCAUCUACAUCAGAUUGUUUCACCUCUGUUGUGCGUCUCUGAGUUUGUCUGAGUGUUUGUCUGUACGUUUCUGUGUAUGUAUGUGUUUGUGACCAUCUCAUUGUGUGUGUUUCCUUCUCGAUGUCCGGCAUUGCCGGCUGCCAUUCUGGCUCGUGCUUCCCAUGCCUGUCAUGCACCUGGCCCCAAGAUUAACCCUUGCUAAGCCGUGCGCAGGAUGAGCGAGAGCUCCAGAGCAGUCACAUCCGGGGCGGUGAUCCUGGAGGAGUGUCCAGAGGGGAGUAGGGAGCGAGAGCAGGCCCAAGGCCAAGAGCCAGGGCCCCUGCGCUGUGGAGGCUGCACCGUGUGGCCCCGCCAGCAGACAUGGCUAUGUGUGGUCCCUCUGCUCAUAGGCUUCAUUGGCUUGGGACUAAGCCUGAUGCUGCUCAAAUGGAUUGUGGUGGGCUCUGUUAGGGACUACGUGCCUACAGAUCUGGUGGACGCUAAGGGUAUAGGACAGGACCCCAUGUUUCCCCCCCAUCUCUCCAAGCCCAGCACCUUCCCCAAGAACUCAGACACUACCACUACUACCAUGGCAAACCCCACCUCAACCACUGUCACAGUGAGGGGCAGAACUCAAACUGUUGUCGCACACCACCCCAGUGGCACCACUACUACCGCCAAGGUGGGUAGUGCAUCAGGCAGCCAAGUUACACCUCGCAGCACCACACAACGCCAAGGCAACUCUGGGGGCGGAGGACCACAAGGCCCUGUUAUUACCACAACCACCGCUGCGCCAGUUGCCAUUUUUACCACCUCCAGCACCUCUCCUUUUAACCCCACCGUGCUGCAUGACUCCACAGAAAUGUGGACGCACAAGCACUCCAUGGAGAGGCCUGCCACCACCCCCACACGGACCCAUGUGAACCGAAAAACAUCGUCACCCACCAUUCCUCAAAUGCGCUCAGAGCAUUUCAAGCAAUGUCAUGUGAAGGACCUGGCCUACUGCUUGAAUGAUGGAGAAUGCUUUGUCAUCGAGACGCUGAGUGGCCCACACAAACAUUGCAGGUGUAAAGAAGGCUACCAAGGUAUACGCUGCGACCAGUUCCUGCCGAAGACUGACUCCAUCUUAUCUGAUCCGACAGAUCACUUGGGCAUUGAGUUUAUGGAGAGCAAGGAGGUGUACAAGAGACAAGUGCUGUCAAUCACCUGCAUCACCGUGGGGAUCAGUGUUCUGGGCAUUCUCUGUAUGGCUCUCUACUGUCGGAACAAGAGACGCAGAGAAAAACUCCAGGCCCACUUGAAAGAGAGUUGCAGCCUCAAAAACUACAGCGGCAACGCCUCUGCUUUGGAGUCGUCCAAAUUGAGCCUGAGGCCUGACACGGGCCUGCAGCUGCAGAAUUAUUGUAAGAGGUCCUCCCAGCCACAUGAGGGAGCUGUUUGCAAGUCCAGCUUUUCCCAGUGCAACGCCACUCCUACCGACGACUCCAGAGGUCCAGGCACAGGAAAACAUUACAGAAGCAGCUCCCUUUCUCAUAGUCCAGACCAGAUAAGUAAAGCCACCCAUUGGUCAGUACCUCGUAAAACUCCGCCCAUACCCAGAGGAAGACGAAAUCCAAUUGGAGGAUCCAAACAUUCUGGCCCCGCCUACCAACACCUCCAGGAAUUGGAGUCAUCUGAGAGGGAGGUUGAAUUGUUGAAAGGGUACCAGAUUGUGAGGGCUGGGAGCGACCCGCGACAGGAUGCCUUUCUAAAUAUGCAACCCCCCAUGUUGAUUGAGCGGUCAUGGGAGAGCAGGGUGGAGGUGCGCUGCAGUCUUCUGGACCAGGGCCAGGACAAUGAUAUCUCCACUUCGACCAGGAACCUCAGGUGCCCCAGACAUCCCAGCCUCUCAUCACCUCCUCCAUUUCAGACCUGCUCCAUCCCCAUCAUCCCUUCGGUCCAGGGCAACCAGGAUGAGGUCUCCUGUUUGCAAACGGCCACCACAGGCUCAGCCACCUGCAGCGCCACGCCCAGUAUGGAAGUAGGAGGAGGAUGCUCCCUCAUCACGCUGCACCACGCCUCCACCUCCUGCUCCUCCUCUACGGGGGGCAAGCAGCAGAAUGAGAUGGCCCUUAUCCUGGAAGAGGCCCAGGAGAAUCUCAGGGCUCUGACUCUGGCCAACAGGAAGCAGGAAGAAAGCGGCAGCUUUUCCCCUUCACCGCCCAGAGAGACUGUGUGCUUCCUGACACUCAAUGGUGGAGGAGUGAGGGGUGUGAGCCCUAAUGGACCUAUUGAGACCCAGUUACUGAGCCCUAGAGAACCCAACACAGACUCAACUCAGCCCUGCCAAUGAGAUUGUCUAAGCCCUAACGUCCUGUCUGGAUCUACAGUAAAACCUCCCUGGUGUCUUGAAAUCCAGACUGCAGAGACUUCUUCAUCAGAGGGAUGAGAUGAAACUCAAUAGUGAAAAAAUAUAAUGAAAAAAAACAAUGUGCAUACUGUAUGGAAGAAUGAACAGAGGGAUGGUCUAUGAAGUUAUGAAGAGAGCAAUUAUGUACAUGCAUUUAUUUAAUGCUCCUUCUUAGACAAAAUAAACCAAAUAGUCUGUCAUCUCCAUGGUGUUUUUAAUUGUAAAAAAAUAUAUACAGUUGAAGUCAGAAGUUUACAUACACCUCAGCCAAGUACAUUUAAACUCUGUUUUUCACAAUUCCUGACAUUUAAUCCUAUUAAACAUUCCCUAUCUUAGGUCAGUUAGGAUCACCACUUUAUUUUAAGAAUGUGAAAUGUCAGAAUAAUAGUGGAGAGAAUGAUUUAUUUAAGCUUUCAUUUUUUUCAUCACAUUCCCAGUGGGUCAGAAGUUUACAUACACUCAGUUAGUAUUUGGUAACAUUGCCUUUAAAUGGUUUAACUUGGGUAAAACGUUUAGGGUAGCUUUCCACAAGCUUCCCAAAAUAAGCUGGGUGAAUUUUGGCCCAUUCCUCCUGAUAGAGCUGGUGUAACUGAGUCAGGUUUGUAGGCCUCCUUGCUCACACACGCAUUUUCAGUUCUGCCCAUAACUUUUCUAGAGGAUUGGGGUCAGGGCUUUGUGAUGGCCACUCCAAUACCUUGACUUUGAUGUUCUUAAGCCAGUUUGCCACAACGUUGUAAGUAUGGUUGGGAUCAUUGUCCAUUUGGAAGACCCAUUUGCGACCAUGCUUUAACUUCCUGACUGAUGUCUUGAGAUGUUGCUUCAAUAUAUCCACAUACUUUUCCUUCCUCAUGAAACCAUCUAUUUUGUGAAGUAGCAGCAAAGCACCCCCACAAUAUGAUGCUGCCACCCCCAUGCUUCACGGUUGGGAUGGUGUUCUUCGGCUUGCAAGCCUCCCCCUUUUCCCUCCAAACAUAACGAUGGUAAUUAUGGCCAAACAGUUCUAUUUUUGUUUCAUCAGACCAGAGGACAUUUCUCCAAAAGUACGAUCGUUGUCCCCAUGUGCAGUUGCAAACCAUAGUCUGGCUUUUUUUAUGGAGGUUUUGGAGCAUUGGCUUCUUCCUUGCUGAGCGGCCUUUCAGGUUAAGUCGAUAUAGGACUCGUUUUACUGUGGAUAUUAAUACUUUUGUACCUGUUUCCUCCCGCAUCUUCACAAGGUCCUUUGCUGUUGUUCUAAGAUUGAUUUGUACUUUUCACAACAAAGUACAUCCAUCUCUAGGAGACAGAACGUAUCUCCUUCCUGAGAGCUAUGAUGGCUUCAUGGUCCCAUGGUGUUCGUAUUUGCAUACUAUUGUUUGUACAGAUGAACGUGGUAACUUCAGGCGUUUGGAAAUUGCUCCCAAGGAUGAACCAGACUUGUAGAGGUCAGAAAAAAAAAUCUGAGGUCUUGGCUGAUUUCUUUUGAUUUUGCCAUGAUGUUAAGUAAAGAGGCACUGAGUUUGAAGGUAGGCCUCUAAAUACAUCCGCAGGUAUAUCUUCAAUUGUCUUAAAUGAUGUCAAUUAGCCUAUCAGAAUUUUCUAUAGCCAUAACAUUCUUUUCUGGAAUUGUCCAAGCUGUUUAAAGGCAUUAGUCAACUUAGUGUAUGUAAACUUCUGACCCACUUUAAUUGUGAUACAGUGAAUUAUAUGUGAAAUAAUUUGUCUGUAAAAAAAUGUUGGAAAGAUUACUUGUGUCAUGCACAAUGUAGAUGUCCUAACCGACUUGCCAAAACUAUAGUUUAUUAACAAGAAAUUUGUGGAGUGGUUGAAAAAGUUUUAAUGACUCCAAUCUAAAUGUAUGUAAACUUCUGACUUUAACUGUAUAUAUACAGUACCAGUCAAAAGUUUGGACUAAGG